AUGCCAAAUUUGCAAAGUUUAUCACAGGAUAAUUUUAAGCACCAAAGCUCUGCUACAGGAAAUGAAAGUGUUUUACCUUCGUUUUGUAACGAUGAUGGUCGUGAGUAUGACGGAAUGGAAACACCAUCUCAACUUUUACGAGAGAUGAUUUCUUCACAAGGCGAUCUUGAUGCGAUACCAGAUGACGACCAUGAUAACAAUGAUGACAGAGAUUCUAGUGAUAAUGGUGCCGACAUUCAUGAUAGUGAUAGCAUUAAAAGCAUCGAAUCGGAUAGUAAGAUGAUCUCUUCAGAAUCUUCAUACUUGGGAAGUUCAUGUGAAUCCUCUGAACCAGAUAUAGAAGAUUA